UCAAGUUGCCAAGCUCUCAAAGCACAAUCACAAGACCACAGUGGUGCUGUGAUGGCUGCAAAUACAAUGCUUGGUUGUAAAUUCCCCUUGUUCUGUGCCAUCCUAACUUCAAAUUGCCGCUGAACAAGUGGACGUUAUGUGAGAACUACAUGUACCUACUUGCUAGAGCUGCACAUAUAUCAUUUAAUGUGUUUCUCUAGUAUGAUGGUUUUAAUUCUUGUAAUUUUGCAUGAUUUGAUUUGCUGAAUUUUACCUUGCCUUCAGAUUAUUUUUAGUGAAAAGCAGACAAACAGUUGAGGGGACAACCCACUAUUAAAAGAAAAGCUGGCUCUUACUUACAGGUUCUCAAAGAAAUCCUACGGUUAUACCCACCAGUUGCAGGUGUUAUGCGCUGGACAGAGAAGAAAAAUGUAAUUGAAGGAAUUGACAUUCCAGCAAACACCACCCUAUUUUUCAGUACCUAUCUCAUGGGACGCAUGGAAAGAUAUUUCAAGAAUGCUCUGACCUUUGAUCCUGAUCGAUUUAGCAAAGACAAAUCAAGACCUUAUUUUUCCUAUUUCCCAUUUUCGCUGGGACCUCGUUCAUGUAUUGGACAGUUAUUUGCUCAGGUGAGUAAGAUAAUUGCGUUAAGAAUGUCUACUCCAAUACUAGUAUUUGUUCCUUUUAAAAGAGAGGUGGAGAACUUGCGUAUGCUCCUGAUCCAUUCUUUCAGUCUCUAGAGCAGGACUCCCCAACCUAUGGACCAUGGCCCACUAGUGAGACAUGAGGGGUUGCAACC